ACACUCCUUUAAACUUACUUGCCUAACUCAUCCUCUCAUGUGUGGUACUAAUAGCAUUUUAAUCAUCUCGUCAUAGCCACUCCCGAGACCUUCGCUGGGCUACGUGACAAAAUGGUCGUACUCAACGGCAUCGAUCUGGACGCAUUGGGCUAUAUCAUUAAAAUCCCUUAUAAUGGAUCCGGUCCUACUGGCGGAGAUUCUCUGACGGAAGAUUUAAAUGUAUGGUACGAGAGCGGCGAUAUCGCAUGGAUGAUAACGUCCACAGCUCUCGUGCUGCUCAUGAUUCCCGGAGUCGGCUUCUUCUAUUCUGGUCUUGCGCGACGUAAAUCAGCUUUAUCACUGAUAUGGCUCUCCGUCAUGGCGACGGCCGUGACUACGUUUCAAUGGUUCUUCUGGGGUUACUCGUUAACGUUCUCGCACACGGCGUCCGCUUAUAUCGGAGAUUUGUCCAACUUUGGUUUCAAAAAUGUGUUAGCCCAACCGUCAGUCGGCUCUUCGAGAGUGCCGGACUUGCUCUUCGCCGUGUACCAAGGCAUGUUUGCGGCCAUUACCGUAGCUCUUGCAACUGGCGCUGUUGCUGAAAGGGGGCGGAUGCUACCGUGCGUCAUCUUUAUGUUCAUCUGGUCCACAAUCAUCUACGACCCGAUUGCCUGCUGGACAUGGAAUCCCGCCGGGUGGUCGAACAAGAUGGGAGGCCUUGACUUCGCUGGUGGUACCCCAGUCCAUAUUGCUUCCGGAACGGCUGCGCUUGCGUAUUCGAUGAUGCUUGGGAAGCGACGAGGCCACGGAACACACGAGUUGAACUACCGACCACACAAUGUUACUCACAUAGUUAUCGGGACGGUGUUUCUAUGGGUUGGUUGGUUUGGUUUCAACGCAGGUAGCGCCCUUUCAGCCAAUUUGCGCGCUGUCAUGGCCGCAGUAGUUACGAACCUGGCAGCUUGUGUCGGCGGGAUUACGUGGUGCGUGCUCGACUAUAGAUUAGAGGGCAAGUGGUCUACGGUGGGAUUCUGCUCGGGCGUCGUUGCAGGUCUCGUCGCGAUCACACCAGGCUCAGGUUAUGUCCCUGUCUGGGCUGCGGUCAUUUACGGAGUCUUUGGGGCUGGAUUUGCCAACUACGCUACUAAGCUCAAGUUUCUCCUACGAAUCGACGACGCCUUGGAUAUAUUUGCCGUGCAUGCUGUUGGCGGCUUCGUAGGAAACAUCUGCACGGGCUUCUUUGCUGCCGAUUAUAUUGCACACCUCGAUGGCUUUACGCAAAUACGGGGAGGUUGGGUGAACCACCAUUGGGUCCAGUUAGCAUACCAGCUCGCCGAUUCUAUUUGUGGAGGCUGCUACUCGUUCGCCGGCACAUGCAUAAUUUGUUUUCUCUUAAACCUGAUUCCCGGUCUCCAACUACGAACAACCGAGAACGCUGAGAUUCUAGGUAUUGACGACGCGGAAAUUGGCGAGUUCGCAUACGAUUACGUGGAGAUCACCAGGGAAUUGCUUAAUGAUAUUGAGGGUGAAUCUAAUAGCCGGUACUCCGGGGACGGCACAACCUCUUUCGAUCCCCGGGAAAAGAACAGCAUUCCCCUGAUGGAUUCGCGGAUGUACGCCGGGCAGGCGUCGUCGCAGUCACCUAUACCAUAAGAGGAUUUGUUCUGUACGAUAUGAUGUAUUUUGCUUUGUGCUUGGGUCUACGUAUUUGGGGAAAACUAGGGAGGGUAUCGACUGGCGACUAAUAUCUCGCUCACUCGCUCACACGGAAUUUAGGGAGGCGUUAUGGAAUUCAAUACAAUGUGUGUUGUACGUGAAAGUUUAUUAUUAUACCCUUGAUGUCGGUAUAUUGCACAUCCGAGGCCAAAUGUGAGCAUGCCAAAUAUGUAUCAGGUAAUAAGUCUUAAGACAUAUUUCCUCAUAUGGUCGAAAUAUCGGAAGUUAAAACACAAUGACUUCUACUGCAAGCCCCUUGAAGGAAGCUCGAGU